CAGGUGCACCUCUGGCCCAGAGACAUGUCCUGCUACAACCAGUGCCAGCCCUGCUGCCCACCCUGCCUGCCCUGCCAGCCCUGCGGCCCGACCCCGCUGGCCAACAGCUGCAAUGAGCCCUGUGUCAGGCAGUGCCAGAACUCCAUCGUCGUCAUUGAGCCCUCCCCCGUGGUGGUGACCCUGCCUGGACCCAUCCUCAGCUCCUUCCCGCAGAACACCGUGGUGGGCUCCUCCACCUCCGCUGCCGUUGGCAGCAUCCUCAGCUGUGACGGAGUCCCCAUCAACUCUCCCUGCUGUGACCUCUCCUGCAUCACCAGCCGCUACUGUGGCAACAGAUGUCAGCCCUGCUAAACCUGCUGGCAACAUCCGGAGCAAGAACCUCCCAAGGCCUCAGAACAUGAUGCUGGAAAGGAGAUAGAGCUUCAGGCCGUUUUUUCCUCGUUCUGCUCUCUUCUCUCUCUUUUCCUUAGCUUUCCUGUCACCACCUGCCAAUGCCAGCUUAGUGGCAACCUGUUGGCCUCCUUCCCUCUUCCGGGCUGGCAGAUGGACACCCUGCAGGAGCUCCACUGCAUCUUAGUGGCUGCCCCUGGGGCACCCUCUCAGCCCCCUCCUUUUCUUCUUUACACUCAAUAAAACUGUGUUGCAUCCAA